UUCUAAUCCAGCACGCACUAAAUUUGGGCGGAAUGCAGGUGCCUCAUUUAAAUAGAAAAGGAUAAUUAGUUCGAAAUUCAAGGCGAGCCAUGCAACAAGAAUUUGAUACACGGACAGGUAACCCAAGCGUCACUCUUUGUCCGUCCCAUUAGCAUAGACACACAUAUAUAUAAAUAUAUGUAAGUUCGUACUGGAUGGGAGCCGCUAUCACACAGCCUUACUUCUUACUCAGGAUCACAGGAGCAGGAAUCUUCAAAGGGCAGUUUAAAUAUGUCACUUACUUCAAUCCUCUCGGCGGAGGCCAUAGAGAAUGCUGUCAAAAACUGCCAAGCUCCAGAUACUUUUGAUUACAAAAAGUUCUUCCAACAUUGUGGCUUAAGUCAGAAAACUUCUCAGCAGGUGAAGGAAGUGUUCUGCAUCUUAGAUGAAGAUAAAAGUGGAAGUAUUGAGGAGGCUGAGCUCAAGUUCUUUCUCCAGAGAUUUUCCCCUGGGGCCCGAACUUUGACAGAAAAAGAGAUCAAGAGCCUCCUUACAGCUGGAGAUAAAGACGCCGAUGGCACCAUUGGAUUAGAUGAGUUCCAGGCUAUGGUGUUAUCCUGAAAGCUGUCUCUGGCUAAGAGCCACAACACUGUUGUGUAUUUUGUCUUUUAAAUACUUGUGUCUGUGUUCCUGUUCUGCACUGACCCCAAAAUGACCAAUGUUCAGGGAAAAUAAAAUAAAGUAAUUAAAACUGGA